CCUUUCUUUUGCAUCUUUAACUUAACUCCCUUGUUCUUCAAGUUACCAUACGCCAUCCAUGGCUGCUUCAAUCUCGUUGACUUUACACCCCUCCCUCGAAAACCGUUCCAUCCCCAUUAUUCUAUUCCUUCUGCUCUCCUCACCCACCUGGAUUCUCGCCUUUUCCCUUUGCGUGUUCUUCAAAAAGGUUCAACUUCUCAUCACGUUCAUACCAUGAAUCACCCUUUACUACAACUGGGGUAGGUACUGUUCUUUCAUUUCUUAGAGACAUUUUUUGAGCUUUUCUCAAUUUAUCUUCAUUUGGGUAGUUUUCAUUUUGUUCAAGUUUGGUUCUUUGCACAUGUUCACGCUUUGGAUUCUGUGCACAAGCAGUUUACGAUAUGUCGUCUGAUUUUAAGUUAGACAUUACUACUCAGAAUGACUCUGAAGAGCCGCUGUUAAGCAACACUAUAGCUUCAAACCUAUCAUUAGAUGGAAAGAGUAAAUCAGUGCUCACAACUUUCAAUGGAAUUCAUGAGCAUGGAAAGUUGUCGCCGACCAACUACGCAACAAAUGCAGAGCGAAGAGCUUUGUAUGAUAGAUUUCUGAAAGGAAAUAAAGCUACAACUGGUGAUAAUGGCAGUUUUCAUGUUGAUGAGGAGGAAAGGCAUCGAUUGCACGGAUCAACUAAGAAGAAGUCUGCACUUAUCUCCGGAACAGCUUAUUGUAUUUCAUCUUGCAGCAUGAUAAUGCUGAACAAAAUUGUUUUAUCAAGUUAUGAUUUCAAUGCAGGCAUAUCAUUGAUGUUUUAUCAAAACUUUAUCAGUACUCUGGUUGUUGUUCUAUUGGCUCUAUGUGGCAGAAUUUCCGUUGAAAAGCUCAAUUGGAAGCUUGUUAGGGUCUGGUUGCCGGUAAAUGUGAUAUUUAUCGCCAUGCUUGUCUCAGGCAUGUAUAGUUUGAAAUACAUAAACAUUGCAAUGGUGACAAUUCUCAAGAAUGUGACUAAUAUCUUAACAGCAGUUGGAGAAUUAUAUUUAUUCCGUAAACGUCAGAGUUCCAAAGUGUGGACCGCAAUGUUUGUGAUGAUUAUCUCUGCUGUCAGUGGGGGUUUUACAGAUCUCUCCUUUGAUGCAGUCGGUUAUGCUUGGCAGAUUAUGAAUUGUGUUCUUACUGCAAGUUAUUCGCUUACCCUCAGGUGGGUUAUGGACGAAGCGAAAAAGUCAACAAAAUCUGGUUCACUUAAUGAAGUGUCAAUGGUGUUGCUCAACAAUUUAUUAUCUUUACCUUUUGCCAUCAUCAUGAUAUUCCUAUUUGGCGAGUGGGAUUAUGUAAUACAUGCCGACGUAGUUAAACUGCCGGCAUUCUGGGUUGUUGCAACCGCUAGUGGACUGAUCGGACUUUCCAUCAGCUUUACCUCAAUGUGGUUCUUACAUCAAACUAGUCCUACAACAUACAGUCUUGUAGGUUCCUUAAACAAGAUUCCAAUCUCUAUUGCUGGCAUUUUAGUUUUCAAAGUUCCUCUGAGUGUAUCAAAUUUAUUCAGCAUUUUAUUUGGUCUCUUUGCUGGUAUAUUAUUUGCAAGAGCCAAGAUGUCUUAAACCAGAAGCAAUCACAGUAAUAAUAACCAAUGAAGAUGUGAGAAUUAGUAAUACAUAAAUGAUAAUUAUAUAGGCUUUUGUUUGAGCAAUGCAAAAUCAUCUCUUAUUUUAACUCAUGAUCCUAAAAUGUGGAAUAAGUAUAGGAUACACCUUCAAGGGAAGUAUCAAUUAUGGAGAUUUACUUUCAUACAUAUGGUGAGGAAUAUCCACAUAUUUAAUUUGUUAUUAAAAGAAAAGAAUAUUUUAUUUGUGGUUAUAAUUAGCAAGUGUAACUUCCAAAAAUAUAGGUAACGUUACGACUCGUGCGAUAGCAACCGUAUCUAUGUUAUUCUUAGCCAAUAUUAGACUAAUAUUAAUGGUGGAUGUAUGAAUA